GAACGAUAUGAAAUUUCCAGACUUUUCUCUCUAGCUUCUGUUAACAUCACCAAUUGAACAACCCCGGCCCUUACCCGGCUACUCACCGAAAUGGUUAGCGGGCAAGUUUCGCAUGAGUUGGAAGUCGAAGUCUCUGCAAGCCAAGCAUGGGAGCUGUAUGGCACUCUUGGGAUCGCUAGGCUCGUGGAACAAACUUUCACCGAUGUAAUUGACAAAAUUGAAGUCGAACAAGGCGAUGGAGAACAAGGCACCAUUCUGAAACUAACAUUUGCACCAGGUUUUCCAGGGCCUGGAUGGCAUAAGGAGAAGUUCACAAUGGUAGACAAUGAAAAACGGAUGAAGGAAGUUCAUGUGAUUGAAGGUGGAUAUCUGGAGUUGGGAUUUACUCUCUACUUAGUUCGCUUCGAAAUAAAAGAGGCUGGCACUCCUUCCUCCUGCAUUAUCAGAACCUCCAUCGACUAUGAGCUCAAGGAAGAGGCUGCUGCCAGCGCCUCAUUUGUCUCUAUCGACCUCUUCGCAAAUAUUGCCGAGGUUGCAAAAAACCAUUUCCUCAAAAACAAAGAGUAACUACAAAUGUUCUUGUAUGAUCGAUGAGUAGGUUUUGUUUUUGUAAUCAAUGUCAUGUAAUAAUGCAUCAUGAUAUUCUUGUCAUUCCUGCCAAUCUUCAUUGACAUUAAUAAGGUUCUUUUAAAAUGCAAAUUCGUAGAUCGAUGCAGGGUGCAUUAUAAAUCAAUCAAUAUAUAUAUAGUACG